CAUGAAGUUCUUAGCAGUCCUGGUACUCUUGGGAGUUUCCAUCUUUCUGGUCUCUGCCCAGAGUCCGACAACAGAUGCUCCAGCUGCUACUGGUCCUGCUGAUGAUGAAGCCCCUAAUGCUGAAACCACUGCUGCUGCAACCACUGCAGCCACCACUGCUGCAACCACCACUGCUGCAACCACCACUGCUGCAACCACUGCAACCACUGCUGCUCCUACCACUGCAACCACCGCUGCUUCUACCACUGCUCGUAAAGGCAUUCCAGGUUUACCCAAAUGGCUUCAGGAUCUCCUGAAUGGUAAAUUGUUUCCCUGAGAUGGAAUCAGCUUGAGUCUUCUGCAGUUCGUCACAACUAUUCACGCUUCCUGUGAUUUCAUCCGACUACUUACCUUGC